CGAGAAGGGCUCAGCGCCGCUCUGCGCCUGCGUGGUAACGCCGCUCUCAGACAGUUCAGCGAAACAGCCGUUCUCGGUACGCAUUAAGCUACUAGGACUCUCUUGGCACUGCUUUACUCACGGAUACGUUUAGACGUCAAUAAAUGACAAAUUAAACAUCAUAAAGACGUUUUACGUUAUUUUGCGACAGUCGCUAUCGCCGUACGACAGGUGCCGCGUUCGGUCGCAACGUGGAGUUGUUUACAGUGUUCUCUGAGUGCUGUCAGGCUCAAAGGCACAUGAAGACCUGUUUAGCAGACUCCAGCUCGUAUAGAAUUGGACUGAGUGCCUAACGGAAGAAAUGGGAAAGCCAAAGAAAAAGAGUGACCUCAGCCGGGCCGAGCUGAUGAUGAUGACCAUUGCCGAUGUCAUCAAGCAGCUGGUUGAAGCCCACGAGAAGGGCAAGGACAUCAAUCUUAACAAAGUGAAGACUCAGACCUCAGCUAAAUAUGGACUUGAAGCCCAGCCUCGAUUGGUGGAUAUCAUUGCAGCUGUUCCACCGCAGUACCGUCGAGCACUGGUGCCCAAACUAAAGGCCAAACCUAUCCGCACUGCCAGUGGGAUUGCAGUUGUGGCUGUGAUGUGCAAACCACAUCGAUGUCCUCACAUCAGCUUUACAGGCAACAUCUGCGUGUACUGUCCUGGAGGACCGGAUUCUGACUUUGAGUACUCCACUCAGUCUUACACUGGCUAUGAGCCGACUUCCAUGAGAGCCAUUCGAGCUCGUUAUGACCCGUACCUUCAGACCAGACAUCGAGUGGAGCAGCUGAAGCAGCUGGGCCACAGUGUCGACAAAGUGGAGUUCAUCGUGAUGGGUGGGACUUUCAUGGCUCUGCCUGAGGAGUACAGAGACUACUUCAUCAGGAACCUCCAUGACGCCCUGUCAGGACAUACCUCUAACAACGUGUCUGAGGCUGUCAGGUACUCGGAGCGCAGUAAUACCAAGUGUGUGGGGAUCACUAUAGAGACGCGGCCCGACUAUUGCCUGAAGCGACACCUCAGUGACAUGCUGGGCUACGGAUGCACCCGGCUGGAGAUAGGGGUCCAGAGCGUUUAUGAAGAUGUGGCCCGCGACACCAACAGAGGCCACACAGUGCGAGCUGUGUGUGAGUCGUUCCACCUGGCAAAAGAUGCAGGCUUCAAAGUGGUCGCCCACAUGAUGCCAGACCUGCCGAACGUGGGCAUGGAGAGGGAUGUGGAGCAGUUCAUCGAGUUUUUUGAGAAUCCAGCUUUCAGGCCAGAUGGGCUGAAACUGUACCCGACCCUGGUGAUCCGAGGCACGGGUCUGUAUGAGCUGUGGAAGACUGGCCGGUACAAGAGCUACACACCGAGCGCUCUGGUGGACCUCGUGGCUCGGAUUCUGGCGCUGGUGCCGCCCUGGACACGAGUGUACCGAGUGCAGAGGGACAUUCCCAUGCCGCUGGUGAGCUCUGGAGUGGAGCACGGCAACCUGAGAGAGCUGGCACUGGCCAGGAUGAAGGACAUGGGCACUGAGUGUCGUGAUGUCAGAACCCGAGAAGUGGGCAUCCAGGAGAUCCACCACAAAGUCAGGCCUUACCAGGUGGAGUUGAUAAGAAGAGACUAUGUGGCCAAUGGUGGCUGGGAGACCUUUCUGUCCUAUGAGGAUCCGGAGCAGGACAUCCUUAUUGGCCUGUUGCGGCUGCGCCGCUGCUCUCCGCAGUCCUUCCGUCCAGAGCUCAAAGGAGGCGUGUCCAUUGUCCGUGAGCUGCAUGUCUACGGCAGCGUGGUCCCCGUCAGCAGCCGAGACCCGAGCAAGUUCCAGCAUCAGGGUUUCGGUAUGAUGCUGAUGGAGGAGGCUGAAAGAAUUGCCAGGGAUGAGCACGGCUCUAGCAAACUGGCUGUUAUCUCAGGUGUAGGAACAAGGAACUACUACAGGAAGAUGGGUUACGAGCUGGAGGGACCAUAUAUGAUGAAGGACCUGCAUGGGCCAGGGAUGGACUGAAAAUUAUUUUACUUAUCAAAGCACCGCUCUGGGACAUGAAUAUUAAUGUAUUGGUGUUUCGCAGGAUCAGAGGGGAUGCUGGUUGCUUUCUUCUCACUGCCCGUGCAUCUGCUUUUAUCUGGAGCACACGGAGCAUUUCUUCUGUUUUAUAAAGAUAAGAAAACGUGCGAGAGGAUAUAAGGAAUUAAGGAAAGUUAUCUAGAGUGAAGCCAGCCUUGUCCGUGAGCUAUGGCUUUGAGUUCAAAUUAUCAUUCUCCAAAGGUGCAGUCUCAUCAGAGACGUGCAAAUAUGGACACUUUUAUUUAAAGUUGCACAUUUCAGAGUCUCCACUGAUUCAAUUUGACGUGAAACAAGAACAAACCUGCCGAGACAUCUUUAAUUCCACUCCAAUGCUCCGUGCGUGCGGUGAAGAAAAAUCGGGAUAUCUAGGUUUCCAUGAAAUGACUGCUUGUGUUUGCCUGGGACGCAACGAGAUGCCCGCUUAGCAUCAUGGUUCGAGUUAAUCAUGUUUGUGUUGCAAUUAAAUAGAAAACCCCAUUACGAGUCAAGCGUUCAUUAACGGUUGGCAGUGGAUGAAUGAACAGUGGAAAGUGUCCUCACUGGGCAGCCUGUUGUGUAAUUGCCCAAUUUUGAUUUGUAGGGCAGGAAAUUGAAUAUUAGUGUUACAUAAAUUGCUUUGUUUAAAGCUCCUCAGUUAAUCCUGUUCCUCGUGUUUCUGUCAUACAUUCUCGGGCUUCAUGUGUUCUGGUAAAAUCCACAGAAUAAAGUAUAUUUCAGU